UCUUCAACCAUGACUUUUAAUUUUUCAUGUUUUUUUUUUAAAUACAUUUCAUAAUUGCGUAAAAUCAGAUUUCUUUUUCUAUUGUACAGCUGGUAAUGCAUGCGUUUUCUCUCCUCAAGGGGGUGAAUGAUGGCUGAAGAUGGAGGAAAUAUCUCCGAGGACCAUCAGUUGAGGGAAGCAGAGGGUAGCUCCUCUCUUCCAACGACUUUUAUACGACUUAACGACCUGUCCGGUGGUGGCGGAGAGCGCAUUGAGCUCGAGUCUGAUGGAGGCGAAAGGCGGGAGAGCGCAGUCGGAGCAGCGGCGGAGGAGGCGUCCGCAUGCGGCGGGGAACCCUUGCCCUAUCCGUCUUUGGCACCGGUUGUGUUUUUCUAUCUGAAGCAGACCACGCGCCCAAGGAGUUGGUGUCUGAAAAUGGUUUGCAAUCCAUGGUUCGAGAGGGCCAGCAUGUUGGUAAUCCUGCUGAACUGCGUUACUCUGGGAAUGUUUCACCCUUGUGAGGACAGCCACUGUGACUCAGAGCGAUGCAAGAUACUGGAGGACUUUGAUGAUUUCAUCUUUGCUUUUUUUGCCAUGGAGAUGGUAAUCAAGAUGGUUGCACUGGGCAUCUUUGGGAAAAAAUGUUACCUUGGAGACACCUGGAAUCGGCUAGACUUCUUCAUUGUGUUGGCUGGGAUGCUGGAAUACUCUCUCAACCUGCAGAAUGUUAGUUUCUCUGCGGUCCGAACGGUCAGAGUACUUCGACCUCUUCGGGCUAUCAACCGAGUGCCCAGUAUGAGGAUCCUGGUGACACUUCUGCUGGACACUCUUCCCAUGCUGGGCAAUGUGCUGCUGCUUUGCUUCUUUGUUUUCUUCAUCUUUGGGAUCGUAGGGGUCCAGUUGUGGGCCGGGCUUCUGCGCAACCGCUGCUUCCUCCCGGAAAACUUCUCCCUGCCUACCAGUCUAGACCUGCACAACUACUACCACACAGAAAAUUAUGAUGAAAACCCGUUUAUCUGUUCUCAACCACGGGAGAAUGGCAUGCGCCUGUGCAGUUCCAUCCCCACGCUUCACGAGGAGGGCCGGCAGUGCCAGCUGGACAUGGCAGCUUACAAUAGCACAGACAACACCACCUGCGUCAACUGGAACAAGUAUUACACCAACUGCUCUGCCGGAGAGGCCAAUCCCUUCAAGGGGGCCAUAAACUUUGACAACAUUGGUUAUGCCUGGAUUGCCAUCUUUCAGGUUAUUACUCUGGAGGGCUGGGUGGACAUCAUGUACUUUGUUAUGGAUGCUCACUCCUUUUACAAUUUCAUCUACUUCAUCCUCCUGAUAAUAGUGGGCUCAUUCUUCAUGAUCAACCUUUGUCUAGUUGUCAUAGCGACACAGUUCUCUGAGACCAAGCAACGAGAGAGCCAGCUAAUGAAGGAGCAGAGAGUGCGCUUCAGGUCCAACGCCAGCACGCUGAAUAGCUUCUCUGAGCCAGGAAGCUGCUACGACGAGCUUCUCAAGUACCUAGUCCACAUCUUCCGCAAAGGCACCAGGCAAAUCUGCCACCUCAUCCGAGCCGCCGGUCGUCGGGCAGGCCUGCGGAUCUGCGCUUCUCCGCCACUGGAACCACCGCCCACGAAAAGACGGCGUCAGAAGCAGCGCCAGGGAUCCAUCCGUCACGUCAUGCACCAUCAGCACCACCUCCACCAUCACUACCAUCUGGGCAAUGGGAGUGUCCGAACUGAUGGGGGCAGAGAGGUGGACAACGGUUCCCAGAGUGGAAAUGUCAACAACUCUGGGCAUCUCAUGCUACCUGUCAUUGUCCCUCAUCAGGACCUUUUUUGUGGGUCUCUGGGCCCCAGCGGUGCAGAAUCUGUGCAUAGUGUUUAUCAGACCGUGGGCCACCUUGAGCCACUGCGCUGCGGCCCCUUACCUUCUCCCACGGUUCUCCAUGCAUAUAAGAGGAACUCAGUACCAUUUGCGGCUCCAGUACAUAAGAACUACCCCACGUUACUGUCAUCUCUAGCCUUAGAGCAGCUCAGACAGAGAAUUCUGGAACCAGGAGGUGGCAGUUGCACUGCUAGUGUCCUUACCAACCUAAAUAUCCCACCUACUCCCAUCAACGCCUCACAGUGCCUGGUGGAGACACAAGGUUCUCCUGGCAAGAUCAUCUGUAAGGAUACACUCAUGAACUGCAGUGGCACGAACUUAGACACCGCUUUGACCUUUGACCCUGAGACGUGUCCGUAUUGCGCCAAAUUCAUGGCCAACGACUCUGAGGGAGUGGAUGGGAAUGAGACGGCAGACUCUGACAGUGAAGGUGUAUGUGAGUUCACACAGGAUGCCCAUUAUCGGGACAGCAGAGAUCCCAACAGGAAGAAGAAGAUGUUUGCAUUAGGAGCUCGGGCAGCAAAGGUGGUCCAUUUCUGGAGGCUGGUGUGCGACACUUUCCGUAAGAUUGUGGACAGCAAGUAUUUUGGACAAGGAAUAAUGAUUGCCAUUCUCAUUAACACACUCAGCAUGGGCAUCGAGUACCAUGAGCAGGUUAGUGCACGUCUCUGUGCUGUUCUCACUGAUUUAAUAUCUAUGUGUGUGUUUAUAUGUGUUGACAGCGUCUGGGAGAUUGUUGGUCAGCAGGGAGGAGGUUUAUCGGUGCUGAGGACAUUCAGGCUCAUGCGGGUGUUGAAGCUGGUCCGCUUCAUGCCGGCCCUGCAGAGGCAGCUGGUGGUCCUGAUGAAGACCAUGGACAAUGUUGCCACCUUCUGCAUGCUGCUUAUGCUUUUCAUAUUCAUUUUCAGUAUUCUAGGCAUGCACCUGUUUGGAUGUAAAUUCGGCUCUGAGAGAGAUGGAGACACACUUCCUGACCGCAAGAACUUUGACUCGUUGCUGUGGGCCAUUGUUACAGUUUUUCAGAUCUUGACUCAGGAGGACUGGAAUAAGGUACUGUAUAAUGGGAUGGCCUCCACCUCUCCUGUGGCUGCUCUGUACUUCAUCGCUCUCAUGACUUUUGGAAACUAUGUCCUGUUCAACCUGUUGGUGGCUAUCUUAGUGGAAGGAUUCCAAACUGAGAAAGGCCAUGUGGGAGUGAGAAUAGUCAAGUCCAUUCCAGAUACAUCAUCCACAGUGCUCAUUUCUGAGCAUGCAGGCGAUGCCUCGAAGUCGGAUUCUGAAACGGAUUUCUAUGCACGGAGCUUGGAGGAUGUUUCAGGACGUAAGAAGGAUCUGUCUGCAUCAUCUGUUGUGCCCAUCAAUGGCCAUGUGGAUUUGAAGAGCAGCCUGACCCCUCCCCUCAUCACUCACACGGCUGCAACACCCAUGCCCAUCCCUAAGAUAUCAGGAGGAGGAGAUCCGGCGCUAGGCUACGAGUCCCGCAGAGGCAGCAAUGUCUCCAUGGAUCCUAAUGGCCAAGACAAAUCUCCAUCGAGUGCACGGAGUUCCCCAAAUGCCCCCUGGAGUUCAGCCAGUAGCUGGAACAGCAGGCGCUCCAGCUGGAAUAGCCUGGGCCGAGCCCCCAGCCUCAAGAGGCAGAAACGCCAGUCUGGCGAACACCGCUCCUUACUUUCUGGUGAUGGCCAGUCCAGCUCCGAUGAGGGAGAUGCGGGAGAGAGUGGGGGCGGAGGUGUCUUGUCUGAGGGCGAUGAUGCCUCCCUCGCCAGGACGGACUCCCUGGGCCAGAGGCCUCGGCACAGGCGCAUGGAGUCCCUGGAGACACGUAGCUCGUUUGAUCUGCCUCCAGACACCCUGCAGGUACCAUACAUGCAUCGUUCCGCCAGCAUACACAGCGCCCGGCCGCCCAAUUUCCUCAGCAACGGCAAGAGUUCUCCAUCUGCAGCCACGACGCAGCUUUCUCUAGAUGAACUCCACAGCGAGGAUGACAAUGCAGAUGAUGAAGGAAACCUGAGUCGGAAGGCUCGUCUCUACCGCUGGCUGGAGCACAAGCAGCCCCAGUGGUGUCGGGAGAGGGUCACCUGGUCUCUUUAUCUGUUCCCCCCACAAUCACGGUUUCGUGUGACCUGCAAUAAAAUCAUCACUCACAAGAUGUUUGACCAUGUGGUUCUUGUCAUCAUCUUUCUCAACUGCAUCACUAUUGCCAUGGAGAGGCCCAGAAUCGACCCCUCCAGCGCUGAACGCAUCUUCCUGACGUUGUCCAACUACAUAUUUACUGCCAUCUUUGUGACCGAAAUGACAAUAAAGGUGGUUGCUUUGGGCUGGUGUUUUGGGGAGAAUACCUACCUGAAGAGCAGCUGGAACAUUCUGGAUGGCAUGCUGGUGAUGAUCUCCGUGAUUGACAUCCUGGUAUCCAUGAUCUCCAACAGCGGCACCAAGAUCCUGGGAAUGCUUCGGGUGCUACGUUUACUGAGGACCCUGCGGCCGCUCAGAGUGAUCAGCAGAGCUCCAGGACUGAAGCUGGUUGUUGAGACACUGAUGUCAUCCCUCAAGCCUAUCGGGAACAUUGUCGUCAUCUGCUGUGCCUUUUUCAUUAUUUUUGGCAUCUUGGGAGUUCAGCUCUUCAAAGGAAAGUUCUUUGUGUGUCAGGGGGAGGAUACUAAGAACAUCACCAACAAGUCUGAUUGCCUUCAGGCUAACUACAAAUGGCUCAGGCACAAGUACAACUUUGAUAACCUUGGGCAGGCCCUCAUGUCCCUUUUUGUUCUGGCUUCCAAAGACGGUUGGGUGGACAUAAUGUACGACGGACUGGAUGCUGUUGGUGUCGAUCAGCAGCCCAUCAUGAAUUACAACCCAUGGAUGCUGCUCUAUUUCAUCUCCUUCUUGCUGAUCGUGGCUUUCUUUGUGCUCAACAUGUUCGUCGGCGUGGUGGUCGAGAACUUUCACAAGUGCCGGCGGCACCAGGAGGCCGAAGAAGCCAAACUGCGCGAGGAGAAGCGCCUUAAACGCAUGGAGAAAAAAAGAAGGAAUGUAAUGCUGACUGGUGUCAGUUGGUCCAGUCCCGAUCACACACAAGAAGCCCAGAGUAAACCCUAUUACUCCGAUUACUCACCUACACGGCUUCUCAUCCACAAGAUAUGCACCAGCCACUAUCUGGACCUGUUCAUCACAAUUGUCAUCGGGCUCAAUGUUAUCACCAUGUCCAUGGAGCACUACCAACAAUCUAAGGUCCUGGAUGAGGCUCUGAAGAUCUGUAACUACAUUUUUACAAUCAUAUUUGUCCUAGAGUCCGUCUUCAAGCUUGUUGCCUUUGGAUUUCGCCGCUUCUUCAAGGAUAGGUGGAACCAGUUGGAUCUUGCCAUUGUUCUGUUGUCUAUUAUGGGCAUAACACUGGAAGAAAUUGAGGUCAACGCUUCCCUUCCCAUCAACCCCACCAUCAUUCGCAUCAUGAGGGUGCUGCGGAUCGCUCGGGUGCUGAAGCUGCUCAAGAUGGCCGUGGGAAUGCGAGCUCUGCUAGACACUGUGAUGCAGGCCCUGCCUCAGGUGGGGAAUCUGGGUCUCCUCUUCAUGUUGCUCUUCUUCAUCUUCGCUGCUCUGGGAGUAGAGCUGUUUGGUGACCUGAUAUGUGAUGAGCUGCACCCCUGUGAAGGUCUUGGCCGUUAUGCCACGUUCAAGAAUUUUGGCAUGGCUUUCCUCCUGUUGUUCCGUGUAUCCACCGGGGACAACUGGAAUGGCAUUAUGAAGGACACGCUCAGAGACUGCUCCCAAGACACGGGCAUCUGCUACAACACGGUGGUGUCCCCCAUUUACUUUGUGUCCUUUGUACUGACGGCCCAGUUUGUGCUGGUCAAUGUGGUGAUUGCUGUGCUCAUGAAGCACCUGGAGGAAAGCAACAAAGAGGCUAAGGAGGAGGCUGAGCUAGAAGCUGAGAUGGAGCUGGAGUUGGAGGCUGUGGGUGGAGAUGGAGGAAUAUCCCGAGGACACAUGCCACCUCUGGGACAUAGUGAUGUAGGUGGACAAGGAGGGUCGCCUUGGAUCUCAAGAGACUCUCGAGACAUGUCGGGACCUCUUUACCCCACAGACAGCCCACCUGCAGACAUACGCAGGGACUCUGAAGAUCACAUAAAGACAGAUCCUGAUCCUCCUCAUAAUUUGGAUCCGCCAUUAGAGCGGAGGCCUAUGUUUGACUCAGUUUCCCUGGUGAUCCAGGGCUCAUUGGAAGGAGAGCUCAGCCUCAUGGACAACCUAUCUGGCUCCAUCUGCCACUACUACGCUCUGCCCCCCCUUCCCAGCAAGCACUUCACUGAGAAACAGAUUCCUCUAGCCGAGAUGGAGGCUCUGUCUCUGGCGUCGGAGAAAUCUUGGUCCUUAGCUCUGACGGAUGACUCUGUCCCAGAUGAUUUUAACCCCCUCUUACUAACCAGUCAGGAGUGCAAUACCACAGCUCCAGCAGAUCCCCCAGACCCCCAGCAGCCAGACGAGCAAACGGAUGAGCACUUACUGUACGUGAAGAAGACCUCAGUGGGCCGUACGCAUUCUCUGCCCAAUGACAGCUACAUGUUCCUGCCGCUGCAGCCCAACUCAACCCACAGUACCCACACAACCUCACCUCAACUCGCUCAGACUGGGUCUACAGGCUCUAUCCAGUCUCAAACAGAAGAACCCACACUGCACUUGACUGUGCCCACUGAUCUGUUCAGACCGAUCAGUCCUCAUAGCUUAUCAGAUUCAGAGAGCAUCCCACGAAUCCCCCCACCUCGCCGGGCACACUCUCUCUCACGAACCCUACGCAGACAGGUGGCAGUGAGUGCUGACUCUCAGGAGACUCUAUACACAGAGGGAGGGGAAAACGAGGGUCCCUUGGGGCUUAGGGAACUGUCGGACCCCCAUGUCAACCUUCCACCUCAGCAGCAGCAGCACCAGCCUUCCCUCUUUCUGGUCCCUGCCACACCAGGCGCCUCCCCGAAACCAUCGCGACCUAGCGUCCACACACAGCACAACCCCUACGACCAGUACAAUGUGUUCUCCAAGCGUUCCUGCUCUCCACCCCUCCCAUCACUGGCUGCCAGAAAGCAGGAGGAAAUGGACUCUGUGGAUCAGGAGGUAUCCCGAAUUAUCCGGGCGGGGCUUGCAGGGAGGAGCGACGAUGGGAUCGGGGAAGGGACAGGAGAUCAAGGUGCAAGACGUCAGCUUAAGAAGUACCACAGCGUGGACACUCAGGGCCAGCGAGCUCUGCUGUUACCACGGCCCUUGUCCUGGCUUGACGACCCACGUCGGCACUCCAUUGAGGUGUGCUCAUCCAUGGAAAGCAGUCCCCAGCGCAGUUCGAUCUCCUCCGGCUUCGUGUCGCGAGGCGACAGCCUCCAGCAGCAGUCCUCUCCACGAGGCCGCAAGAAGAAGAUGAGUCCGCCGUGCAUCUCUGUGGAUCCGCCCGAAGGUUCGGAGCUUCCGGGAGGCCUUCACCCUGCUCUGGGGAUGGUGCCACCCCCAUUGCCAAGUCGGGACACUUGCCUGAGGAGGCGCGCUCCCUCCAGUGACUCCAAGGACUCAUUUGAUUUGGGUGGAGGAGGAGAUGGGCUGCCCCAAGAAGGCGUCCCGAACUCCAAGCUAUUGACUCUGCCUAGCUUCUCUUUUGAGAAUACAAGCUCUGAGCACUGAACACUUGACUUACACGUUCACACACACACGCGCACAUGACACACGAUGCACUCUGUGUAUCCGUGAUGGUGAUAGUAAUAGUAAUAAUAUCUUAGA